UUAGCAGAGGGAGGGAGGGAGGGAGACAGAGCCGGUUGGUGGUGAAUGAAGGUGCCCCCAUUGCACCUGGUGCCUGGGGUCGGGGUGGUGCAGGGUCACAGGGUGCCCACGUUGCAGUGAAGGUGGCUGGGGAGGGGAGGGGAGGGUGGGUGGUGCCUUUUGCAAGUGAUGCCACAAAGUGCCUGCGGGUAAACCGAAAAGUGUUUGCCACAGGAGAGUGGCAGUCAGUGGGGCUGACAGUGCAGUUAGUGUUUGCUUGUGAAUUAUGUGGGUUGGUGCAGGUGCUGAUUGAAAGUGUUAAAGGUUUUGGGGAAGUUCUUGCAGAAGUACAGUUAAACCAUGCCGUGCACAUGUGGGAACUGGAGGCGGUGGAUCCGUCCUCUGGUGGUGGUCCUGUACAUUGUGGGUGUUGUGGUUGCCGUUCCUCUUUGUGUCUGGGAGCUGCAGAAAUUCCAGGUGGGAACUCACAAUAAAGCCUGGUUCAUUGCUGGGAUCUUUGUAUUUAUGACAAUUCCAAUAUCCCUUUGGGGCAUCUUGCAGCAUCUAGUGCAUUACACUCAACCAGAAUUACAGAAACCCAUAAUAAGGAUUCUAUGGAUGGUGCCUAUUUACACUUUGGACAGUUGGAUAGCCUUGAAAUAUCCUCAUAUUGCAAUAUAUGUUGACACGUGCAGAGAAUGCUACGAAGCCUAUGUCAUCUAUAACUUCAUGGUUUUCCUGCUCAACUAUUUAACUUAUCAAUAUCCGAAUUUGGUAAUAAUGCUGGAAGCUAAAGAUCAGCAGAAACAUCUACCCCCUCUCUGCUGCUGUCCGUCUUGGCAUAUGGGCGAAGUGUUGCUGUUCAGAUGUAAGCUUGGAGUUCUACAGUAUACGGUGGUCAGGCCGUUUACAACCAUAAUUGCACUAAUCUGCGAGCUCGUCGGAGUUUACGAUGAAGGGAACUUCAGCUUCAAAAAUGCUUGGACGUACUUGGUUAUCAUUAAUAAUCUUUCACAACUAUUUGCUAUGUAUUGUCUUGUGCUGCUUUAUAAAGUACUACGUGAAGAACUGAACCCCAUCCGACCUGUUGGCAAGUUCCUCUGUGUGAAACUGGUUGUCUUCGUGUCCUUCUGGCAAGCUGCUUUGAUUGCACUGCUUGUGAAGGUUGGUGUAAUAUCUGAAAAACGUACUUGGGAUUGGGAAAGUGUAGAAGCUGUGGCCACUGGAUUACAGGAUUUUGUGAUUUGUGUUGAAAUGUUCUUUGCUGCGAUUGGCCAUCACUACAGUUUUUCCUACAAACCAUACGUGCAGGAGGCUGAGGAAGGCUCGUGCUUGGAUUCUUUCCUUGCUAUGUGGGAUAUCUCUGACAUUAGAGCAGAUAUAUCGGAACAGGUUCGGAAUGUUGGUAGGACAGUGUUGGGACGUCCAAGGAAAACAAAUGUUACACAAGAGGAGCACAAUGAACACACAAGCCUUCUUUCUUCAGCCAGCCAGGACCUCAACUCUGAUACCCCAUCUCUCCCGGCAUCUCCCAUGGGGUACUACCAAGGGUUUGGGAAUACUCAUGCAUCUCUUGCACCUGAUCAGAUACCUUCAGUGAAUGACACUAUUGAGAAUUCUAUCAGGGAGCAAGAAUAUGAAGAUUCCCUAAAUGUUGUGCCUAACAAUUCACAGGAAAGCUCUGAUCAAAAUAAUCAUAUAAUUUCUUGACCUUUUGACAUGAAGACAUUGGCUUGAGGUCAACCUUGUGUUGGUAUAGGAAAUACUAAGCACAAAAUGAGCUUUAUGUCUGAACUCAACUCAAAGUUUUUAACCAUAUUUAAAAACCUUAAUAUUGUACAGUAUAUUAAAUUUAAAAAAACUGACUGAAUUAAGGUAAAUAUUGACCAAAAUACCCAAGAGAAACUAAGUUGUGGAAUUCAUAGUACAAAGAUGACAUAAUCACACAAGAUUACUCGAAAAUAUUGUGUACAAUAGUGUACAUUCAUUGACUUGAUGGCAGUAAUGCUAAGUUACUGUCCAGAGGUUUGUAUGAUCAAUGCGCUAGGUUUUUAAGAUUACUCCCGUAGUUUGAACAUUGAUGCCAGUUUAUUUGUGAAUUCUCAGGCUAUUUUUACAGUCAGUCCUGCCAUACAAUGGCAACUCAUGAUUAAUUGUUAACUUCAUUUUUUAACCAGUAGUACAAGUCACUUUAACUCUCAAUAGCAAUUAAUUCCUUUUGACCCGCCUUUGACUCACACUGUUGAAACAUAUCUAUUUUGUAAGAAUUCAAUUUGAAUCUCUGUACACUUUGAAUACAGUGAAAUUCCACUGUACACACCCAAGAGAAGCAAAGUGCUGGAAUUCAUAAUAACAAAUUGAAUUUUGGUAUGUUUAUUUCAGGAUUGAAUAUUUUUUUUUCAAUAGUUUAUUUAAUGAUUGAAUUCCGAAAAAAUUGAUUGUUUGGGAUCUUAAACUUGCACAUUGUCAAUGGUAAAAGCUGCAUUAAUCUUAGAAUCAAAAGGUACUUUUAUCUCCAGAUUAAACUAUAAUCAUUCAUUAUAUCUUUUAAGAUUUCUGCUGCUUCAAGAUCCGGUGUUUAAAAUAUAUGAAACCCAGAAACUUUGCACCAGAAAUAUUGGGGUGACAUAUUCUGGAUUUAAAAAUGGCAACUCCUGCCAGUAACCAGAAGUGCAUGAUGCUGAACUGUGGGAAUGCUGCAAUCUAUUUUAGAGCAUAUUUUCAGUGACUGACAGUAGUGAUAGUUUGUAAGUUUGAAUUCCUAAUUAAGAAUCUAGGUGGUGAAUACUGACUGAAUUUGCAAGCUCACUGUAAUGUCUUAAAACAAUUCCGUGUGAGCAUGGUUGCCAAUUACAAAACAGACCUUAAUUUAUAAUGAAGAAAUAUCCUUGUAUUUGAUAUAGCUUCUUACAUUGUCCAAAUGACUCAAAACGUUUCACAUGGUUUACUGUACAAUUUAUUGAUUGUGUGUUUUGUGGGCAAACACAGCAGCCAAUUUUGCACACAACAAUGCCCUAGAGGAAGCCAUGAAGUUAAUAACCAAUUUUAUCUGGCAGAUUGUUAGCUAGGAUUGGGAGAAACUCACUUGUCUUUUCAAAUAAUACCAUGGGUGUUUGCCUAACUCAGUUGGUGCAUUCUUGCCUCUAAAUCAGAAAGGUGUGGGUUAAAGCCUCAUGUUGGAAUUUUGAACUUGUGGUCUAGGUUGACACUCCAAUGCAUUACUGAGUGGGACUGCGCUGCAUUGUGGAUGUUGGUUGAGAUGUUAAAUUAAGAUCCUGUCUGUCUGUUUAGGUGGAUAUAAAAAAUCCCCCGGCAUUGUUCAAAAAGAGAAAGGAGCUACUUCUGGAGUCCUGGCCAACAGUCUUCCAGA